AAAACGUGUCAUAAAAUGAAUGCCUUUUUGUUGGAGAAGUGAAUGCCGUAUGGGAUCACCUCUGGAGACAAAGUAACCACUAAUCCAUUCAUUUGUAUUACUCGUCCACUGCUGUCACUGACACCAGACAUCUGAAGAAAUGCCGAUUUAUUUCCAUCGCCUCGAGAACGCCCUCAAGAGAGCCAACGAGUUCAUAGAUGUGGGCAAAAAGCCGCGGGCGCUGGAGAUCCUGUGCGAUGUCCUGCGGUCGCGAAAGCACAGGACGUGGCAGAAGAAGCACGAAGACAUUAUGAUUAAAUACCUGGAACUGUGUGUUGAGCUCAAGAAGUCAUAUGUGGCCAAAGAAGGCAUAUAUCAGUACAAAAUCAUAUGCCAACAGACGUACAUCAACUCCUUCGAGGACGUGGUCCGCAAAUACCUCGAAAUGGCUGAAGAGAAGGCACAGUCGGCGCAGAAGGAGAGCAAACAGUCGGUCCUCGAUGUGGACGACUUGGACAACGCGCAGACACCCGAAGACAUUCUGCUGAGCGCUGUUAGCAAUGAGGACACACAGGACCGCACCGACAGAGUUGUUCUCAUCCCGUGGGUUAAGUUCUUGUGGGAGUCGUAUCGCCAGUGUUUGGAUCUAUUGAAGAACAACUCGCGAACUGAGCGCCUAUACCAUGACGUGGCACACCAAGCCUUCAAAUUCUGUAUUAAAUAUAACCGGAAGACUGAGUUCCGCAAACUGUGUGACAAUCUUCACACCCAUUUGGAUAUAUUGAAGAAACAACAGCAACAGAACCAAGCGGUCGGUCAUCAGCAGCAGAACGCCAUUAACCUGAACUCACCCGAGAGUCAGGCCAUGCAUUUGGAGACCAGACUCGUGCAGUUGGACUGCGCUAUUCAGAUGGAGUUAUGGCAGGAGGCCUACAGAGCCACCGAUGACAUCAAGCGCUUUGGUCUCAUGAAUCUGACCAAAAAGCCACCGAAGCCUCAGCUGAUGGCUAAUUAUUACCAGAAGUUGGCGCUCGUCUUCUGGAAGGCCAACUGUCCGCUCUUCCAUUCGGCCGCACUCUUCCGGUUAUUCCAUUUGUCCAAAGAGUUGCGCAAAAACAUCACUCAAGAGGACAUCCAGAAGAUGGCUACCAAAGUAGUGACGGCCACUCUUGCCAUACCUAUUCCUCCCAAUAGGGCUGAGAUCGACAAACUGGUCGACACUGAAGAGAAUGUCAUUGAAGGACAUCAGCGAAACUUAGCUUCACUUCUGGGCCUCACAUCAAAUGUGCCGACAAGAGGUUCAUUGAUUAAAGACCUCAAACGCAUGGGUGUCCUUCAAUUCGCGGCGCCUAAGCUUCAGGACUUGUAUCGAUUCCUCGAAAUUGAUUUCCAUCCACUGGUUCUCUGCAAUCGAGUGCAACAAGUGAUUGAUUAUAUCAACGAAACCACAGAAUAUCCGGAACUCAAACAAUACACGAAUGCUCUGAAAGACGUGACGGCAAUGCGUUUAUUGAAAGAAGUGUCUCAAGUCUACCAAACCAUUGAAUUCAAGAGACUUCUAGAGCUCUGCCCUUUCGCUAGUUUUACGUAUUUGGAGAAAGUGGUUGUGGAGGCGGCGCGAAGGAACGACCUCCAGGUGCGCAUUGACCACAGGAGGGGUUGCCUUAUAUUCGGCACUGAAUUGCGUGUCUCGACCGGCGAAGAGGUGAUCGAAGGGCCGCACUUGCAGUCGAUGCCGAGCGAACAGAUCCGCAAACAAUUGGUUAAUAUGUAUUCAACGCUACAAAAGGCGAGAAAUAUGAUCGAACCCGAGAGGCUUAAGAACCAGAGGGAGGACAUGAAGCGCAAGAUCAUGAAGGCCUACAGAAUCAGUGCUCACGAGGAACACAAACAAGUGCUGAGACGACAGGGAAUUAUUGAAGAGAGAAAAGAAGAGUUGGAAAGACUUGGACUCAGACGGGAAGAGGAGGAGAGACGUAAAGUAGAGGAACAACAGCAGAGGAUUAGAGCCGCGGAGGAGGAGAGGAUGGCUAUCGAGAAGAAGGAAAGAGAACAACAGAUGAAACUAAAACAAGACAUUGAGAUAAAGAAACAGAUGGCAAAGGAUCAGAUUUCUAUGAUUAAGGGUUCACUCACAGGAAAUCUGCUUGAGAUGGAUGACGAAGAGUUGGCUAAACUUAGACCCGAAGACAUUCACUCACGAAGAAUAGAACAGUUGGAGAAAGAAAGAAGAGAUCAAUUGGCGAAACAGCGUAAACUCGAGCGCAAAGUGGAUCACUUGGAACGCGCCAAACGACUUGAAGAGAUUCCACUUCUGGAGAACGAUUUAGAAGAAUGGAAAGUGAAAGACAGCGAACUCUGGGAUCAGAUGGAAGACGAACGCAUUAAAGACAUUAAAGAGGAGAGACUUUUGGCUCUUCAAUGCAGAGAUCGCUUCCGACGAGUUCUCGACGACAAAGAGAUAUUUGCGAAGAAAAUCAUUUCUGAAAGACAUUCAGUUUUUGUCGAAAAGUUGGAAAAAUUCGAGUCCGACCUCACGGGUGAACGCAAACGUCGUUUGGAUGCCAGACGUGAGAAACGCAAGAAAGAGAGGAAAGAGACGUUUUAUGCGGAGAAAGAGGCGGAAGAGAAGAGGAUUAGGGAUGAAAUCCAACGGAAGGCUGAGGAGGAAAAGGCCGCCAAAUAUAAGGAACAAUUGGAGAAACAAAGACAGAGAGAACAAGAAGUGGAAGAGAAACAGAGACAGAAGGAGUUGGAAAGGGAUCAAAGGGAACAGGAGGACAGACAGAAACGACAGCGCGAUUUGGAUACAGAGGACAGACAUCCCCGCGAGGAAAGAGAAAGAGACUCCGAGAGAGACAAUUGGCGGCGUUCCGGACCCGAUCGACGUAUUCCCGCUGACGGUCCCAAUAGAGGGCCGGCCGACGACGAGAGCGCACCCAAUAAAGGCGAACGAAAUCAAGAUAGAAGACCUCCGCCUCCUUCCAGAGCCGACGAAGAGAAUGAUUGGCGCCGAGACAGAGGGCCGGCACGAGAGGCACCUAAUUAUGAGAAGAAUGUGGACCGAAAUGUGGAUCGAAAUGUGGACCGAAAUGUGGACCGAAAUGUGGACGCAGAGGAUGACUGGCAUGAAGUCGGAAAACACGACCGAAAAGCCAAUCGUAACACAAGAGCUGAUGAGGAGAACAAUUGGCGUCGAGGAGGAGGAGGAGGAGGUGUCGGCACGAAUCGGGACGAACGCAGAGGAGAGGAUCGCAACUUUGGUCGCAGUGAUGAUCGAAAUCGCAAUUUUGAUCGAAACCGCAAUUCUGACCGACCUUUCGAUCGCACUUCAGACCGAAACCCCAAUAGAGAUGCGGACAGAAGAGGUCCUCCGAUGCAGUCGCGUGGAGACAGAGAAGGCAACAGAGAGGAGGCGUCCGAUUGGCGCAGUAAAGGUGGCGAACGAAGAGCGCCGUUGUCUCAAAACCGCGACCGCGUGGAGAGACCUCCGCGUGAUUCUGACAAUUGGCGCGAUGACAGAAAGGCUGGUCCGCCGCCCACUCAGUCGAGUGGCGACAGAGACAGCAAAGACUGGCGUAAAUCAGGAGAAAGAAGGGCUCCGAUGACUGCUCCGCGCGGAGGAGACAGAGACAGAGACCGAGAUGCCAGGGAUACCGGCGGCAGUUGGCGUUAG